AUGAAUAAUAAUAAUAAACGGUUCAAUCCAUAUGUCAGCGUUGAUGCGGGGGAAGUAAUAGUUAUCUCUGGUAUCGCUGGACGAUUUCCUAAUUCUGAUAAUAUGAAAGAAUUUCAGGAAAAUCUUUUCAAUAAAAUGGAUCUUGGUUCGGAAGAUCAUCGCUGGACCAACUAUGCUUAUGAAAUGCCUGCUCAAAUGGGAAAAAUGGACAAUAUAGAAAAAUUUGAUGCGAAAUUUUUUAAUAUGUCGAUCGAAGAAGCUCAUACGCUUGAUCCUGGAAUUAGAAUAUUGCUCGAAAACACUUAUGCAGCAAUUAUUGACGCAGGUGUCAAUCCUGCAGAAUUGCAAGGAACAAGGACGGAAGUUGUCACAGCAAUGUCAAAUUCUGAAACAUCUCUCAAUGUAAUAUACGAAAAGCCUCAUAUUGCUGGAUUACCCAUGCUUGGUUGCAGUAAAAGUAUGUUGGCAAAUAGAAUUUCUUACUUUCUCAACGUUACUGGACCAUCGUAUAACAUCGAUACUGCAUGUAGCACGAGCAGUUUGACUAUGGUAAAAGCUUACAAUUUGAUUCGAUCUGAAUAUUGCGAUGCAGCUAUUGUCGCUAGUGUCAGUUUGUGCAUUUAUCCUCAAGUAACUCAACAGUUUUAUCUUCUGGGAGUUUUAUCCGCCGAUGGCUACUGUAAACCUUGCGAUGAAGAAGGUACCGGUUACAUGCGUAGUGAGGCGGCUACAGUAGUGUUCUUGCAAAAAGCAAAGGAUAAGCUCAUGGCGCUUGCAACUGGCACUGUAGCCGGCGAUCCAGUGAAGUUUCAAGCAAUCGACGAAGCUUUAUGCAUCAAAAGAGAUUUUCCUCUAUUAAUGGGUUCAGUAAAAUCGAAUAUUGGACAUUCUGAACCCGUUAGCGGUCAUUGUCAAAUUGCAAAGGUAAAUUUACAACAAAGAUUUACAAAAUGGAGUUGA